GACUGGCAUUCACCUUGCACUCACUAUAGACACUUUAGCUUUUGUUAUUGCAGCCACUUUUGCAGAUGUCUAAAAGAAAACGCGCUCAACUUCUAGCUUCUGAAUCAGAAAAAGAUUACGCUGACAACUCUGACAGUUCCUACGACGAAACCACGAAGACUAGGAAGGCGCGUAAGAAGGGUCACGAGAAUGAUGAUUCUACCUUGGUCAAUAGUAUUUCAGGUCAUCCAGUGUCCAUGCAUAUCAUAAGCGCUGUUGGGCCGAUGCGAAUCGCCCUUCUGGAGUGGUAUGACAGAGUCCACGAUGCUCGAAAAAUGCCCUGGCGCAAGAAGUUUGACCCUUCGCUCGACGUUGAGGGACGCGCGCAAAGAGCAUACGAGGUCUGGGUUUCGGAAAUUAUGUUACAGCAGACUCAAGUCGCGACAGUAAUACCAUAUUAUAACAAGUGGAUGACGAAAUUCCCUACCAUCAAGGACCUUGCAGCAUCUGAUAUCGAGACCGUCAACUCAUUGUGGAAAGGGCUGGGCUACUACUCGCGUGCGGCGCGCCUGCUGAGCGGUGCCCAGAAAGCUGUCAAAGAAUUACAUGGUCGCUUACCUGAUAAUGCAAAAGAUAUGGAGGCAAAGAUACCAGGUAUAGGUAGAUACAGCGCAGGCGCAAUAUCUUCUAUUGCGUAUAAUCACUGUGUACCUGUGCUUGAUGGCAAUGUACACCGACUGCUUAGUCGUUUCACAGCGUUGCAUGCACAGCCCAAGUCUAAACGAACCCUAGAUAUCCUAUGGGCAGGCGCCGAAUCAUUCAUAACACAGUCAAAGCGCCCAGGUGACAUAAAUCAAGCUUUGAUAGAACUAGGAAGUACCGUCUGUACAGUCCGAGAUCCUGCGUGUUCGGAUUGCCCUCUGCGUCCACGGUGCAAGGCAUAUCAGAGGACACAGCCCACAGCAUCACAUACAGGUAUCGUAGAAGCUGAUAUCGAGGAACUCUGUCUCGUUUGCGAUCCUAUACCAUCCGAUGAAAACAAUGGAUCUGUGACUAUAUAUCCAAUGAAAGCUGAGCGCAAAAAGCCCAGAGAAGAACUUGAUUCUGUGAAUGUCAUUGAGUGGCGAAGCAGGGACAGUGGAGAUCGCUGGUUUCUACUGGUCCGCCGACCCCAAGGAGGACUUUUAGCCGGUUUACACGAAUUUCCUACACUACCGAAUUUAUCAGGAGCAAAGGUUUCUGCAUCCAACAUGGCUAAGAUACCGUACACAUUCCUCCAGGAACUCCUCAUGCACCCACCAUCCCCGAACGACAACGUGUCCUUAAAGACGUUAUCGAACUCUGACUCAUCAAAUAAGGUUCCAAAGGUAAUACAAGUGACGUCUGCGGGUGAUGUAGUCCAUAUAUUUUCGCACAUCAAGAAGACCUAUCGUGUUCAGUGGGUACUGCUGGAGGGAGAUGAGCUUCCACGACUUCGCACAGUUGUUUCCCUAGAUCAAGGCGGCAGGGAAAAUGGUGAUUGCGGCAAGAAAAAUCUCAAGGGAAAGAAGCAAAAAAGGUCCGAGGUAUCCGAAGUGGAGCUUAAUACAAUUCCACAGACAUCGAGUGCUCGGUGGGUACCGCUCACCCAAGUAGAGGACGCAAACAUCGGCACUGGUGUUCUCAAAGUGUGGAAGCUCGUUGAGAAGCUAUGGACUACCACUCGUAAUUAGCUUCUAGGCUCAUUACAGAACCCACAAAUAUUAUGUUGUGUAGGAGCACAUGCAGGCUGUGCUUACGUGGAUGAACACAUAAGUCGACAUUGCGAAGCUCCAACACUCGCGAAACAUCAGGCAGCAGAAUACUCCAAGACGCAUGCUUCGGCAAGGUCCCAGACUUUCUCUAGUUUCAGACCGGCGGCAGUGGUGAGUGUCAGGAAGUCUUGCAAUGUUCGCUCCUUUGCGUU